GUCACACCCGCACACAAAGCGAGGUAACACAGAGACCGCUUCUUCUUCUCCUUCUUUGUUUACCCGCCGGGCCUGACUUAGCUAUUCUUCAGUGUCACCAUAUUUCAUUGCUUCUAUCGACACCGACUCCAGCCUCAUAUGCCUGCUCGUUUGUUCUGCCCGCCUGGAGCAGCUCUCAGGCAGGAACUGCGAUAACCUUGUGUCUGCCUCACGCCGCCAUCAACGCUGCAUAAUAUAACGAUGAAUCUGUCCCUUGUUGACCCUUUUGCCCUCGCGCAGGACUACCCCGAUACUUUGACUGGGAAAUUGAGGAGCGGCCAUGCAUCGUGUCUACGGUUCAGUCGCAAAGGCGAUUACAUUGCGGCCGGUCGGGUUGACGGCACCAUCGUGGUGUUCGAUCUCGAAACAAACGGGGUGGCACGGAAAUUGCGAGGCCACACUCGACAGAUACAAUCACUUAGCUGGUCGAGAGACGGCCGAUACCUGCUGAGUUCCUCGCAAGAUUGGAAGUGUAUCCUCUGGGAUCUCAAAGACGGGUCACGCGUACGAAUGGUGCGAUUUGCAGCGCCAGUCUACAUCGCCGAAUUACACCCUUUCAACCAUCUCCUCUUUGUCGUUUCAUUAUUCGAAGAACAACCGAUCCUUGUCGACAUCUCAAAUCCGAAACCCAUCAAACGUAUACUCCCAUCCAUUCCCCUCCGGUCACAAGACGGCGUCGACCCGGCGGCCGCAGCCAAACAAGCCGCACAAGACGCAAAGCAGUCCACAUGCGUUACAAUCUUCACAGCACUUGGAAACCAUAUCAUCGCGGGGACAUCGAAGGGGUGGAUCAACAUAAUUGAAACGCAGUCAUGCAAAACUAUAUACUCGACACGACUCUGCAAUGGGGUCAUCAUCCUCAUCCGUCUUGCCAGUAACGGGCGCGAUCUGCUCAUCAACAGCUCCGAUCGAGUGAUCCGCACCGUCAUGAUGUCCGAUUUGUCCCAGCUAGGCAUGGGCCUCCACCAAUCAAACAUCCAACUAGACGUCGAGCACAAAUUCCAGGAUGUCGUGAACAAGCUGAGCUGGAAUCACGUCUCGUUCUCAUCCACGGGCGAAUUCGUCAUGGCGUCCACAUACAUGAACUCUGAUAUAUACAUCUGGGAACGGAGCCAUGGCUCCCUAGUGAAAAUCCUCGAAGGGCCUCGCGAGGAAAUGGGCGUUGUCGAAUGGCAUCCCUCGCGACCCAUGAUCCUAUCCUGCGGCCUCGAAUCCGGCUCCGUGUACAUGUGGUCAAUCGUCACACCCCAAAAGUGGUCCGCUCUCGCCCCCGAUUUCGCCGAGGUUGAAGAGAACGUCCUCUACGUGGAAAGAGAAGACGAGUACGAUAUCCAUCCUGCCGAGGAAAUCCAUCAACAGCGACUAGACCAGGAAGACGAAACACCGGACGUCUUGACACUAGAUCACGCAAAUAGCGCGAUGGAUGUUGACGCCGAUGGCGAAACGGAUACUUUCCGCAUGCCCGUUUUGUUGGAUGUGUCGGAUAGCGAGAGCGAAGAGGAGAUUAUCGCCGUUGGUCCUGGAACUAUGCGAAGACGGAGCCCUGGCGCUGGGCGUGAGUGGAUGAAUACCAAUGACGGCCAGGGGAAUGCAUCAUCCAGUCGGGCUGCCACAAAUGGGACAGGAAGGAAGGGUAGAAAGAAGCAGUCGUGAUCGAAUAGCCUUUAAAUGAGGCUAGAUUACUAGUAUACCGGUUUGCAUCUGAAAUAGGUAGAGGAGUUUGAGGCUGGCGUUAUGGGAAUGUGUUGGCGUUGUUAAUCCGCAUUAACAGUAAUGAAAGGAAUUAUAGGAAUACGGUCUGGUGUACAUCAUGAAAUUUACUAGAAUGGGUGUGAACGAAUAAACACAUAAUAUAUUAGGCAAGAAUUAAUGAUAUUGU